UCUGUGCUUAGGUCCAGCCCAACUGGUGGGAGGAGGAUGCCCUUCCCCACUCUGGCCUUGGUUCAGAAAAGGAGCCUGUUGGGGUCUGGUUCCUUGGGUGCUGUCCAUUCCUACAGGCUUAGUUUUGGUGUCAAAGUCUUCUGCGUUGUAGGUCUGACAUAUUCUGCGAGGGCAUCUGUCAAGGAGAGGCUUAAGAAAAAAGAGGAGCAGAAAACAGUCUGGGAUUCUGGAGGCCUGCUUUAGGGGCUGGUCAGUUCUGCAAGAAAAGAACAGACCAGGAGACUGGCUCAAAUAUCUGGAGACUGGUGAGGAAGGGGACUGUGUAGGGCAAGCUACUGAAGACCAACAGGCAAGUGGCUGUGAUUCCUGUGCUUGCAAGAUUACUUCUACCUGUACAGUCUGCUAAAAUUGUUUGUUGCUGUAGCAUUUCUUGUCUGUUUUCUGCCAGAGAUUUUGUGAAUAUUGAGGGAGUUUAGAGUCAAGUGUGACCAGAAAAAGCUGACAAUUGAAACUAUGGUGUGGGAAACUAUAGACAAUUUGGAUCCUUCAACCAGAAGAAAGAUACUUGUCUUAAUCAUUAAGUCAGUUGUGGGGCUUAGCAUCAUUUGAACUCAGAAGAGUGGAAGUUGUAUCACGUCAGUGAAGAUCCAUCUGUAGUUGCAGCUGUGGUGGUGCUGGAGUUUCUUCCGAUAACCACCUUCAACUUCUCUGUCCCUCUCCAGCCAGGAACCAUCCAUCCUCUCCCAGCCUGGUUGUGCCUCUUCUGUAUAUUAUUGACUCAGACUGUGCUUGGUAGGAUCAUCAUUUAUUGUUGGAUUGAUGAUUUACUCUUAACUCCUACAUCAUCAACAGAUCAGAGUGUGAAGAGAUAAAUCUGUGACAGAUCUUUCGUGAAGACUGACUGUGGCACACAUAUUUAAUUAAGCGUCCCUUCAAUUUGUACAAUGACUGGGGCUGAGAUUGACCCUGUUGUUCAGGCCAAGCCUGAAAAGAAGGCUGGGGAAGAGAUUGUGGGUGGGGCUGAUCGAGAUAAUGAAGUCCCACUUGUGGUCAGACCCAAAGUUAGGACCCAGACCCGAGUAACAUCCCGGGCAAGGCCCAAAACUGAAGUCAUAUCUGUGCCUGGGACAAGGCCCAAAUCUGAGACCCAGGCAAUGUCUGGAGCAAGACCCAAAACUGAAGCCCUGACAAUGACUGGGGCAAGGCCCAAAGCAGAUGCCAGGGCAAUAGGUUGUGCAUAUCCUAAGACUGAGGCUAAGCCAAUCCCUGGGGCAAGGCCUAAGGAUGAUGCCCAAGCAUGGGCCCAGAGCGAGUUUGGAGCUGAGGCAAUGUCACAAGCUGAAGGAACAUCCCAAACUAAUAGUGUUACUUGGCCACUGGUCAGUGGUGAGUCUGGGUCAGUUACUAAAUGUAAGAGCUUCCCUAUGGAUAGAGAACUAGCCAAUGUGGACACUGAAACUUUUCCUGGCACCCAGGGCCAGACUGUAAUACAACCCUGGUUUGGACCAGGGGAGGAGACCAAUAUGGGGUCUUGGUGCUAUCCCAGGCCCAGAGCCAGAGAAGAAGCCUCUAGUGAGUCUGGGUUUUGGUCAGCUGAUGAGACCUCUACUGUUUCUUCUUUCUGGGCUGGAGAAGAGAACAAUAUCAGAUCAUGGCCCAGGGAAGAGGCCAAUACUAGGUCCAGGCACAGGGCUAAACAUCAAACCAACACCAGAGCCAGGCCCAAAUCGAAACAAGAGCCUUAUGUUUAUUCCUGGUCUGGAUCUGAGGAUGAGACUGGUAACCCUUUCUGCUUUUGGGCUGGAGAAACUACCAAUAACUUGCUGAGGCCCAGAGUCAGGGAAGAGGCAAAUACCAGGUCUAAGCUGAGAACAAAAAGAGAUGACUGCUUUGAAUCCGAGUCUGAAGAUGAGUUCUAUAAAGAAUCAUGGUUUUUGCCUGGAGAAGAGGCCAAUAGAUUGAGGCACAGGAGCACGGAUGAGCCUAAUGACAUGUUGAAAUCCAGGGCCCAGAAAGAGAUUAAAAAUGUUAACAGGGCUAAACAAGAGUCCAGGUUUGAAGAGGAAGUCAUUAUUGGGUCCUGGUUCUGGGCAGAAAAAGAGGGUGGUUUAGAGAAUGGAUCUUCAGCAAUCUGUGACCCUGAACCAGAGGUGGAGGAAGGAGCUAUUGGUGGAUCUUUGUUCUGGGCUGAGGAAAAGUCUAGUUUGGGGGCAGUGGCUAGAGAAGAACCCAGGCCUGAGUCUGAAGAAGAUGCCAUAUUUGGGUCCUGGUUCUGGGAUAGAGAUGAGGCCUGUUUUGACCUAAAUCCAAGUCCUGUGUACAAAGCCCAUUGCAGAUUCAUUCAUUCAGCUGAGGAGGAAGUUAAUGUGUCAUCUAGGCCCCAAACCUGGGAAGAAGUCACUGUUGAAUUCAAACCUGGUCCUUGUCAUGGGGUUGGUUUCCCAUCCACAAACCCAUUUACAUUUCCAGAGUUGUCUGAAAAUACUGAAGAAAAGCUCAAUAAUUUGGGACUUAUUCCAGAAGGGGAAGAGCAGGAAUCUUUGUUUCAACUUGAUCAGUUUGAAUCUGAGUUUCCAUUUCAGUAUGAUCCUUCCUAUCGGUCAGUCCGGGAAAUACGAGAGCAUCUUAAGGCCAGAGAGAGUGCAGAACUUGAAAAUUGGUCCUGCAACUGCAUACAAUGUGAGCUUAAUAUUGAUUCUGGGGAGUUUGAAGAACUCCUCUUACUAAUGGACAAAAUUAGGGACCCAUUUAUUCAUGAAAUAUCUAAAAUUGCAAUGGGUAUGAGAAGUGCUUCUCAAUUUACUCGCGAUUUCAUUCGGGAUUCUGGUGUAGUCUCACUUAUUGAAACCUUGCUAAAUUAUCCAUCUUCCCGAGCUAGGACAAGUUUUUUGGAAAACAUGAUUCACAUGGCCCCACCUUAUCCAAAUCUGAACAUGAUUGAGACAUUCAUAUGUCAAGUAUGUGAGGAAACCCUUGCUCAUGGCAUAGAUUCCCUUGAGCAGCUGACUGGAAUAAGGAUGCUUAGACACCUCACUGUGACUGCUGACUAUCACACACUGAUUGGUAAUUAUGUGUCUGGAUUCCUCUCUUUGUUAACCACAGGCAAUGCAAGAACCAAAUUUCAUAUUCUAAAAAUGCUACUGAAUUUGUCUGAAAAUCCUAUGGUGGCACAAAAGCUAUUCAGUGCCAAAGCUCUGUCAAUAUUUGUGGGUCUCUUUAACAUAGAGGAGACAAAUGAUAACAUUCAGAUUGUUAUUAAAAUGUUUCAGAACAUCAGUAAUAUUAUAAAAAGUGGAGCAAUGUCCUUAAUUGAUGAUGAUUUCAGUCUUGAACCACUUAUUUCUGCAUUCCAUGAAUUUGAGGAGUUAGCUAAGCAACUACAAAUCCAAAUAGACAAUCAAAAUGAUCCAGAGGUGGGACAACAAAGUUAGUGUGCUUAACCACCUCCUGCUGAUCAGCCUUAUGUUUCCAAAGAGCCCUGAAUUGUACUUUGGUGUUCACAGUCUUUUUAUGUUGUAACUUAUAUUUUUAAUGUUAAUGUUAUUAAGUUGUCAAACUUGUUUUGAGCUGGGUCAUUUUGUGGAUGCCAGAUGAAUAUUAGAACUGAAA